AUGAUUUCCUCGCGCCGGGCCGUGCCCCUUUUUGGCUUUGCCUUUAUACUUUGCAUGCUUCUCGCUAUCCGCAGCCUCUCCACGCAAUGGGAGCAAGCGACGCAGGCCGUCGGGCUGGGUGAACUGGCUACGACCCCAUCUCCGUCUCCGUCGACGCGCCUCAAUGUUACCAGGGUCCAAGAGGAAUCUGCCAUUCGAACACCGUAUGCGCCCAAGCCACAAUACGUCCCUGGCAUACCCAAACCCUCCGGGUCCGCAUACACAAAAACGCUCGUGGUGCCGCAGGCCGAUGGCGAGGACACUAGUUGGAUAGAGUCCGAACUACCGGAGUGGGAGACAGCGAUCUACGCCGUCAAUGACCCAUCGGCACCCUUGCAUCCGCCGAAGAACAAGGGUCAUGAGGUGAUGGUCUACUUGAGCUACAUCAUUGAACAUUACGACAUACUCCCGGACAUCAUCGCCUUCAUGCAUUCGCAUCAAUUUGCUUGGCACAAUGACGAUCUCUUUGGCGGCGAUGCCGCUGAUCUCCUACGACGUCUGAACCCUGCAUAUGUGGUCCGGCAGGGGUACGUGAAUCUGCGUUGUGCUUGGAGCCCCGGUUGCCCUGCCUGGUUGCACCCAGGCACGCUGGUGGAAGAUCAGACCAAGCAAGAGGAGGUUAUGCUGGCCCGAGCAUGGGGAGAGAUUUUCCCCGAUGAUCCGGUCCCUGAAGUUCUAUCGCAACCCUGCUGCGCGCAGUUUGCCGUGUCGCGCGAGCGUAUUCUGGCCAUCCCGAGGGCCCGGUUCAUCUACUUCCGCGACUGGAUGCUCCGGACGGAGCUCAGUGACUACAUCUCCGGUCGCAUUUGGGAAUACCUGUGGCAGGUGGUGUUCACGGGCGAGAGUGUCGUCUGCGUGAAGGAGCACAUCUGUUACUGCGAUGGGUACGGCAUCUGCUUCGGCGGCGAAGACGAGUACGACGCUUUUCGGGGCCAUAACAACCGAAAAUCUGAGCUUGAGGAGCAAUUCAAGGGGUGGAACACCCGGGCUGACAUGAUCGAGCUGACCCGAAUGGGUGGGACACUGGGAGAGGAGAGUUAUCUGGACUUCCCACAGCCAGGGGAGGACCUCUCGCUCGCAGACCAAAUCGAUCUGGAGGAGCUCCUAAUCAAUGAACUGGUGGCCAAUGCCACAGAACGUGGCAAGGACCCCCAGGCACGGGCCCUCGACGUGGGAAGAGUCGCACACCUUGCAACUAGCGGAUAUGCGCCCAGUGAGAACCAAUUAGCCGGGCUGGUGGAGGCUGCUACGGCCGCUGCAGGACAGGAGGUCUCGGACUGGGCUGCCGCCGCCGCCGUCGCUGCUGCGGCCGGGGCCGCGGGUCUUCAGCAUCACCUAGAUGGGUACGGGCCGGAUACUCAUAUGGAGGAUGAUAGCUUUGGGGACGCUGGAUUCGGGGCCGGAAUUGGUGGCGGGCGACAGUUGCGCGGGCCGAGUUCGAUGAGUGAACAUGGCCAGCCUUCUGGGGGUGGAUUGACUCGGGUGCCAACCAAGAAACGCAAAAGGAACGAGGAUGCGCUGGACCCGGCAUUAACGGCAGGCGCUGCAGUCGGCCUCGCUGGUACGCAUCAUCCGCACCAUCAGCAGCAGCAGCAGCAUCACCAGCAUCCACAUCAUUACGGCGGAGAGGGUCUGGAUAUUCGCGGUGCGCCAUCACAGUCCCUCUCCGAAGCUCGCGCUGUGGGCCUUCAUUCCGCCGCUGCCCUGUUCCGCCAACCGUCGAGUAACAAGAAGUAUACCCGUCCACCAAUGUCGAAACUAUUUGCGUCGCUGGAGCUUUCACCGGAGAACUUUUUACAUCUGCAGGCGGCGGCGAAAGGAUACAUGCUUCAUGAUGACCACCCGGAGCGGCGGGAAUGUGUGGGUCAGCGUGGGAAGGGUGAUACAGAGAUGGUCAAGUUGCGCCUGUGGAACUGUGUGCGCCAUUUCCUCGAAAUCGAGGGAAAUGGCGAGCGGUUCUUCGGGGAGAACGUGGUCAACGAGGGCAUGGGCCCCAGGACAUACAUUUGGCCCCGGGAUUCACAGAAAAUCAUCUCACUGGUAAUUCCUUUGCUGCGACGGAUGGUGACCAAUGAGCGUCAGCGGCAAUAUGCGGUGGAAACCCGGAAGGGCGGCGGCACCGAAGAGCGCCGGAGACGAAAGACUGAGGAUAGUUUGCAGAAUCUCAACGCUGGCACUCCCACCGACGAUCAUCUUCAGAUGCAUCAACAUCAUACCCCAGACGAGUACAUGUCACACCAGCCCACGUUGCCUACGGCGCAACCUCAGCUCGACUCCGCUCCGCCCACGGACCUGGGUCUGACGGAUCUCUUGCUGGAUGGGUACUCGACUGACUGGGACGCGUUUGCCAAGUCGUAUGAACUGUACAAUCAGAACUGUGAGCUCGACAGCCUGUGGUAUAUGUCAGGAUUGCAACAGCCAGAUUGGCGGGGAUUGGUUGCUGCCAUUGACAGCCACUAUCAGGUCAUCCACAGUGGUGGUUACGAGUGUCCGCUGCCGUGUGAGGAUGCCAACGUGCUGCGCAUACUGAAUGCUGAUGCCACGUCGGACCUACGUUGGCGCAUUGGUGGGAAUGUGAACCAUCCUUCCCGGAACGAAUUUGCCAGCAGUAUCGCCCGCGAGAUCUCACGUGUUAUCCGAGAGAGUCUGGCGACCCAGCAGGAGGUCCACCAUUCCCCUCACGACCAUGCUCCCGAGCCUCAGCUCCAACCAUUUCCCCCGAAUUUCCCGCCACUGCCCGGCACGAUGAACACAAGCCCCGGCCCGGCUCCAGCUCCGACCAAUGUCUCGCUUCGGGUCAAUAUUUUGCAAGAUGGGAAGCGUAUGCAUCCGCGGUUCGAUGUGGCCGCGAGCCAGUGUCCCGAUCUGGAAACACUGAAGCAACUGAUCUCGCGCAAGUUUGCAGGCCAGCUGCCGGGCGUGCCGUCCGAUGCUAGCAUUAACGGUACUGGUGGAUGGGGCUCACCGACGCACUGGAAGUUCCAGGUGUGGCUCCCGGACGGACUGGCGCCGGUGCAGAAUGACGGCGAGUGGGCGAUGGCGCUGGUGUCGGCGAGCAAUGUAGAUUGGAUGGAUGGUGAUCUGCGGGUCCUGGUUGAACUGGAGGGGGCAUCAUAG